UAUAUCUACAGUUUUCAUCUCUGGCUCGUGUUGUUUGUGUAUAUGACGAGGAAAAGCAAAAAUCGAGAAGAAAACUUGGGAGCCUAUCACUGAAUCUUAGACCAGUGAAGGAGAUAGAGAGAUAGAGAGAUUUUUGUCAAAUCGAAUCUGGAUAUAUAGAUAAGUUAGGGUUUGUAGGAGUUGGAGAGGGAAAUUAGGGUUUCGUUUUUCUCAAUAGGCUGAUGGAGAUGGUCUCGGAAGCGAAUUCAUGAUUUUGAGACCUGAAUCAUUUUUUGAUAUGUUCUUUGUCCCUUUGUACCAGUUGCAAGAGCUGGAUAGAAAUCGUUUUGCGAGUCAGGCUAAUUAAUUUUGUUGAAGAUGGCUGAUAGAAGAGUUGGUAAGCGCCAAAUGGGUCAGAGAAGUUUUUCAAAAGUGGAGUCUGGAACUUGUAAUGUUUGUUCUGCUCCUUGUUCAUCAUGCAUGCACCGUAAUGUAGGUUUCACAGGAUCAAAGUUGGACGAGUCAUCAGAUGAAAACUGUCAUGGAGUAGUGGGCAGCCAGUGUUCUGUAAUCGAGGACGAUCUUUUGCCUUCUUCCAUGGUUAAUGCUCACAACAGUUUAAAUAACACUACUAGUGAAGCAAGCAAUCUUGUCAAUUCCAGUCAUGAUGCUCUCUCUGAGAAUGCUGAGAGUAAGGAAACUAUAAGAUGUUCUGGGAUAUCAGAUGAUUCCGGAGCUGUUGCAAUGGCUUCUAAGACAUCUCUUUCUGGGAGCAGGAUGAAACAUAAAGUUUCUGCAUCAGCUAAUAUAUUAGAUCGGAGCUCUAACUGUAUAGAGGGCCAGGAAGAUGGGAUAUUGUCUGCUGAUCGAGCCAAAAAGUUGAAAUCAGGUUAUUCUAUUAACAAGAUGGGCAACAAGGAUUCAGCUGAUGGUUCAGCUCUCAAUUCUGAUCCAAUUCUGGGUGGAUCUAGGAAGGAUGAAGUGAAAUUACAAUCUUUGCAUAAUCCGUCAUCCAACCAUGAUGACAGAGUUAGUUCUGAGAGGGGAAAUUUUAAGGAAAAAUCAGGACCAGCGGGUAACAAAGAGAGACAGGAACCUUCCGUUGAAGGAUCUACGCGUUCAGGCGAGAACAGGAAGGAUGGUAAGUCAAGUAAAAGCUCUUCGUCAAACUCAUCGGCUGUGUCUGAGAGCGAGAGUCAUGAUUCUGAAAUGGUGGAACAUGAUGUAAAGGUUUGUGAUAUCUGUGGAGAUGCUGGUCGUGAAGAUUUACUCGCUAUCUGUAGUGGAUGCAGUGAUGGGGCAGAACACACCUAUUGCAUGCGGGAAAGGCUCAAUGAAGUUCCUGGGGGUGAUUGGCUAUGUGAAGAAUGUGCUGAGGAAACUGAAAAGAAGAAGCAAGAAGCUAAGAGAAAAAGAGAAACUGAGGUAACCCUCAAUACACAUAGCUCUGGCAAAAGGCACGCAGAUAAAAUUGAGGCAGCUCCAGAUGCCAAAAGACAGGCGGUUGAGGCUUCAACUGGGUCACCCAAGAAAUCCAUUCUCCCCAGAAUAGGUGCGUUAUCUCGGGAGGCAUCAUUCAAGGGCUUAGACAGGUUAAGGGGAAAGCUAAAUCAUCAAACAUCAUUCAGUGAUGACACAGAAAGUGCACGAUCUACUGGUUCACAGCUCCAACCUCCAAAAGGUGCAUUUUUGAAAUCCAGUUCCUUCAAUUGUUCGAGCUCGAAACCGAAAGUGCAACUUAUGGAUGAUGCUAUUCACCCAAGACAGAAGACUGGCAAAGAAUUUACUGCACUUGAUUUAAAGGAGGGGGGUUUUAGGAAUGUAGGCAAGUCAAUGCCAAGUAGAACUACAGAUGCAGGGAAUUCUAGUGGUAACGACUCACAAGCAAAACUGCUUGGAUCCAAAGUUUAUCAUUCACAAGAAGGGAAAAGCUUAAAGCAAGUGAAGGAUCGUAAUAGAGAAGCUAAUGCAUCAGCAUCCUCCAUCGACCAGAAGUUGAAGUCACGCGGCAAUUUGUCUGUUUCGCAUGCAAACAGUAAUCGUGAUUUAAAGGGUUUACAGUCUGAUGGUAAACGAGGUAACUUGACGAAACAAGUCAGCAAUCUAAACCGAAACCGUCUAGAAAAUCCAGUUGUUUCGGGAGGAGAUAUUUCCACAAAUGAAAAGUGCAGUGCCAGCGAGCAAAGUUCAAGUCAAGCUGACUGUAAGGACGAACUGCCAUCCACUUCUUGUGCAGGUGAAGGCCUGCCAAACCACGGUACUGUAGCUUUACAGGAUGGAUUGCCGCGGUCCAGGGAAUCUAGAGAGGUGGGGAAGAAAAGCAAAGAAGCCUUCAGUAAACGCCAAAGGUCUAACCUGUUGUCUGGUGCAAAAGGCUUACCAUCAUCUCAAAAGGGAGGUCAGACUGCGGAAUCGAGCGACACUUCAGGCGUGUCUGAUAGUGAUCUCCCUACCACAAAAAACGUUAAGGAGGAUUUAAAUAAGGGUAAUAGGUUGCGAGCAGCAGUAGAUGCUGCUCUGCGUAAAAAGCCCAGCUUUGGCAAGAACAGAGUAGUGGAGCAAUCUGAUGCGUCUUUGGUAGCUAAUGUGCCUUCAAAGAUGCAUAAGAAUUAUGUGUCACACGAAGGAUUGCAAGGAGGGCAUCCGACUUUAUGGCCUGCUUCUGAUCCGUACAAGCAGACAGUUGUAACAAAUGAGAAGCAGCUUGUAUUCUCUGGUGCUGAUACUAUACCUCCACGAUCUGUGGAACCUGAAGUCAAUUUUCCCUCCGUAAAGCCUGUCAUGAGAGAUUUGCCUUUGAUCCCCACACCUGUUAUGUUGAGAAGCUCAGCCAUUCCGGACCAUGAGUUUAUAUGGCAGGGUGACUUAGAGGUGCGGAAAAUCAGAAAUCAGUCAGCUAUGCAUAGGGGAAUGCAAGCACAUCUAUCAACCUUAGCAUCACCCAGGGUUGCUGAAGUAGUGAAUAAAUUUCCAGAAACAUUCAGCUUAAAUGAAGUACCUCGGGAGAGUUCAUGGCCUGAACAAUUUGAAAAAUUAGGUACUAAGGAAGACCAUAUAGCUCUAUUCUUCUUUGCAAAGGACAUUGAGAGUUAUGAGAGAAAUUAUAAGCCUCUGGUAGAUAACAUGAUCAAGAACGAUUUAGCCCUAAAGGGAAACCUCGAUAAUGUUGAUCUUUUGAUUUUUGCAUCCAACCAGCUUCCUUCGAAAUGCCAGCGCUGGAACAUGUUAUAUUUCCUUUGGGGUGUAUUCCAAGGAAGAAAAGAGAUUUGCACUAACUCACAAAAGAGCACAUCUUUGCCUACUUCAAAUGGUUUGCCGUGUGACAGAGACCCCAAUGAGCUGUGUGAAACGAGUUCUCCUUCCAAGCAUUUGGAGAAAGCGUCUUCUCUACGUGAGAGCUCACGCAACAGAAUUGAAACUCGGAAUGGGACUGAUUCACUAAGUCAUGAAAAUCCAAAUAACAGAGAAUCCUCUAUUGAGCGAUCACCGAGCACAACGGAGGAAAUAGCUCUUAAAAUGGAGGAAAUAGCUCUUAAAAUGGAAGAAAUAGGUGUGAAUCAUAUCCCUCCUCAAGCUACUGGAUCAAAUUCUGGAGAUAGUCUAGUGAGGAAGGUUCAGCAAAUCGAGGAACAAGAAUUAGGUGGUAGAAAGGAUCUGCCUUUGACGGUCAUGGGCUCAGGGAUCCAGUCCCAUGGGCAAGACAAUCCUCUAGAGAAAGAUCUCAACUGUAGUCAGGCUAGUCACAGGAAGCGUCCACUUUGGGAACUGACAAGACCCGCUAACGAGGAUUCCUCUGCCAUAAACCAGAAAGUGGAGCUCAAUAAUGACGGUUUAUGCGAAGGAUCUCCGAAUAAGAAGCUGAAGACAGAAAACGGAAGCAGCAGCCUCUGCCGGGAUACAUCUGGUCAUGAUUCUGGGAUCAUGAAAAAGAGUCCCAAAGUCGUGUUCCCAUUGGACUUGAAUGUCGAAAGAGACGACAGUGAACUGGUCGAUAAUAUUAGCCCACUUGGCAAUGACGAUAAGAAUGAGAGCAGCAACAAGAGAGGGCUAAUAAGCGGUAGAGUCCCGAAUCUGGAGCUGGCAUUAGGAGCUGAGGAAACAAUAACAGAAGAAGCCACUAUGGGACUAUUGCCUUUCUUAAGCAGAAGUGGCAACUCGGGUGAAGAAAGUAAUAAUAGUAUGAAUAAAGAAAAACAGAAAGCAGAUGAAGAAGAAGAUGACUCGGCAGUGGCAGCUUCUCUGUCGUUAUCACUCUCAUUCCCGGGAAAUGAGGAGAGGAAGAAUGUGAAUACUCCGUUGUUCCUGUUCAGAGACCUUCCCAGAUAAUUAAGUUAUUAUCGCAAGUUUUUAAAUAUAUUUUGAGUGUCUUUAGUUGUCUUUUGGUUGGUGAAGAAGACUCCAACGAGAUAAAAUCACAGGUUUUGUAUAUAAAAGUGGUGAUGGGAUUAAAAAAAAAAAGAUACCGAAUGUUUUUAAAAUAAUAAUUGGUUGAUAUAUCUAUAUCUAUAUCUAUAGAAAGGCAAAAUAGUGAUCUGAAUUCAUUUCUC